GCCAUCGCCUGAAGCCAAAGCUACUGCCACUGCUCCCUCCUCUGCUCCAAGCCACCUGGUUCCUGCUGCCAGAGAGUCGUCAUGGGCUUCUGGAAGUUCCCCCCGUUCCUGGUCCUCAGCAUCCUGGUCUUGUACCAGGCAGGCAUGCUCCACUCAGCACCAUUCAGGUCGGCCUUGGAAAGUGGCUUUGUACCUGCUACACUCACUGAGGAGGAAUCGCGCCUCCUACUGGCUGCAACGGUGAAGUAUUAUGUGCAGAUGAAGGCCAGUGAGCUGGAGCAUGAGACAGAGGGCUUCAGCAUCACUGCCCAGAAGAGAUCAUGCAACACUGCCACUUGCGUGACCCAUAAGAUGGCGGGCUGGCUGAGCAGAUCUGGGAGCGUGAUUAAGAGGAACUUCAUGCCCACCAACGUGGGCUCCAAAGCCUUUGGCCGCCACCACAGGGACCUGCAGGCCUGA